UCCUUCUUUUCUUGCGCACUUUGGUUUUCAUUCCCUCCUGACUUACGUACUGCUGAAUAAAAACCCUAGCAAGCUAGCACCGCACUUUCUGCGGCCGCAACUCUCUCGGAUCAGACAACGGAGCCACCGUCUUCCUCCUUGCUCAACGCUGACGGGAGGAUCGGCAAUUAGAUUCAAAGCCUAAUUUGAUGGUGAAAGGAGAGACUGGGAUUUGCUGAGUCUGCUUUUUGAAGUCUCAGUCAAGUUUAAGCUGUUGCUGGGUUUAUUGGCACUUAUCUUCCAGAAGAGUUUGAGGGCUUGUGUCUCCUUCAUUGAAACUUAAUGGCUAUUAGGGAUACUUUGCGUCUGAUUUCCUAUGAGAAAGAAAUUGUAAAUGGUGAACCAAUCUUUGUUUCCUCAAACUGCCUUCCCAUUAAAGCUGGCAGAUUUGAGCCUGCGGGGCAUUCUUUUCACUCUGCUGCACUCAGGCUGAUUGGCUGUUUUGAGGAGGAAAACAUUGAAGAUAGUAAUCAGGAUGUGCCUACGGACAAGGAGGAGUCUAACUUCUAUUCUUCUGAAUCAUAUAGUAGUAAGAGUAAAAAGAAAUCUUCUGCUGAGGCAAAGGAGCAGGAUCAUUAUGCAUUGCUGGGGCUGAGCCAUUUGAGAUAUCUUGCUACUGAGGAUCAAAUAAGAAAGAGCUAUCGGGAAGCUGCAUUGAAGCAUCACCCUGACAAGCAGGCUAUUCUUCUUCUUGCUGAAGAAACUGAGGCUGCAAAGCAGGCAAAGAAAGAAGAAAUAGAGAACCACUUUAAAGCUAUCCAAGAGGCGUAUGAAGUUUUGAUUGACCCUAUUAGAAGAAGAGUUUUUGACUCCACCGAUGAAUUUGAUGAUGAAAUCCCAACAGAAUGUGCCCCACAGGAUUUCUUUAAGGUUUUUGGACCUGCAUUUUUAAGGAAUGGUCGCUGGUCUGUCAGCCAACCUGUCCCCCUGUUAGGGAAUGACAAUACCCCAUUUAAAGAAGUGGAUAGCUUUUAUGACUUUUGGUAUAGCUUCAAAAGCUGGAGGGAGUUUCCCCAUGCCGAUGAGUUUGACCUUGAACAAGCUGAAUCUCGUGAUCAUAAAAGAUGGAUGGAAAGGCAGAAUGCAAAGUUGACAGAGAAGGCUAGGAAGGAAGAAUAUGCAAGGAUACGUAUGCUUGUUGAUAAUGCUUAUAAAAGAGACCCCAGAAUUGUGAGAAGAAAAGAGGAGGAAAAAGCUGAGAAGCAGAGGAAAAAGGAGGCCAAAGUUUUGGCAAAGAAAUUGCAAGAGGAAGAAGCAGCCAGAAUUGCCGAAGAGGAGAGGCGUAGAAAAGAGGAAGAGGAAAAACGUGCUGCUGAAGCUGCUUUGCAGCAAAAGAAAUUGAAAGAGAAAGAGAAGAAACUAUUGCGCAAAGAGCGAACCCGUUUGCGUACAAUUUCAGCACCUUUGUUGUCUGAGAACUUACUUGGCCUCACAAAUGAUGAUGUGGAACAUCUAUGUACUGCUUUAAAUAUUGAUCAGCUGAAGAAUUUGUGUGAUGGGAUUGAGGGAAGGGUAGGGAUUGCAAAAGCAGAGCUUCUCAGGGAGGCACUUGGACGUGAUGACAACUCAAAGGAUGAGAAACUGAAUGAGAAGAAAAAUGUUAAACAUGAGAAGAAAAAUGUUCAACAAAAUGGUAGUUCAGCAGCUAAUGGACAGAACCCAUUCAGCAGCAAUGAGAAAAAGGAGAGAGAGUGGACGAAAGAAGAAAUUGAUCUUUUGAGAAAGGGAGUGCAGAAAUAUCCUAAAGGAACGUCUCGGAGAUGGGAAGUUAUCUCGGAGUACAUUGGUACUGGAAGGACAGUUGAGGAGAUUCUAAAGGCCACAAAAACUGUUCUUCUUCAGAAACCAGACUCUGCUAAAGCUUUCGACUCUUUCCUUGAGAAGAGAAAGCCAGCACAAACAAUUGCAUCCCCUCUUACAACGAGGGAGGAAGUGGAGGGAACAUCAAAUGCCAACAAAACUGAAAACAAUUCUGGCAGUAAGGUGCCAAAUUCACAGAGCUCUCCCAGCCAAAGUUCAAGCUGCCAAAACCCCCCUACUGAUGACCUUGCUGCAAAUGUGGCUGAAGGAGAUGCAUGGUCUGUAGUUCAAGAAAGGGCACUGGUUCAAGCUCUCAAAACCUUUCCAAAGGAAGUCAGCCAACGCUGGGAACGGGUUGCAGCUGCUGUUCCUGGGAAAACCGUGAACCAGUGUAAAAAGAAAUUUACACUACUAAAAGAGAGCUUCAGGAACAAGAAAAAUGCAGCAUAAUAUGUUCUCUUCUAUGCUGGAUUGGAUUCCAGUUUUCUGUCCCAUUCUUUUUGCUUGAUUUUGCAGAAGCUACGCUAGAAUUCAUUGUUAUCCCUUUACAGUUAUUAUUAUUAUUAUUAUGAGCUAUAAAAUUUACUUAUUCAAAUAGCACAUCCGUGUGGAACACAAGUAUAGUGGAAGAGUUUUGAUUUGAGGAAAACCUUGCCCGGAUUUACUUUUUCAAUCAAA